CGACGACCACCACCACCAUGGCGCCACCGUCACCAAUGUCAAUCCCCCCGGUCAUCCGCCGUUGCAGCCCCCAACCGAGGAAACGGCGCCGUCGGAGACCCCAGACGAGGGAACAAUGCGCUUCCCCCAGUACAAUUUUGCGGAGCUAAGUGCGGCGACGGAUGAAUUCUCCCUCCAGAACGUACUCUCACAACUGAUCGGCGAUGAAUUCCCGAGCUUCGUCUACAGGGGCCGCCUUCAUGGCGGCCAACAGAUCGCCGUCAAGAGGUUCUGCAAGGACGCCUGGCCUGAUGCCGAGGAGUUUAAGGAGGUGGCUACUGCAGUGGGACGGUUGAGACACCGGCGGCUUGUGAAAUUGAUUGGGUACUGCUGCCAUGAGGAUGAGCGGCUUCUUGUGGCGGAGUUCAUGCCCAAUGAUACGCUCGCUACGCGUCUUUUCAACCUUAAAUUUAAGACCAUGGAGUGGUCUAGACGCUUGAGAGUCGCUUGCUAUAUAGCAGAAGUUUUGGAAUAUUGCAACAUUGAAGGGCAAACUCUGUAUCAUGGCCUAAAUUCAAAUAAAGUUGUCUUUGAUGAGGCUGGCAAUCCUUGUCUUUCUUGUUUCGAUCUUGUGAAAAAUAGUAGGGAUGGUAGAAGUUACAACAUUAACUUUGAUUACAUGCCUGCUUACAUGCCUCCAGAGUGCUUAAAUGGAAUGGUCACUCCUGAAAGCGUGAUAUUCAGCUUUGGCAUUGUGCUACAAGAUCUACUAAGUGGAGAGCAAAUUUCAAAAGAUGAUUCUCUAGAAAUGAUAAUGGGUAAACAAAUCCCUACCUGUAUGGAUUCUCGUCUGAAUGGUGAAUAUUCCUGGAAAGAUGCAACAGCUUUGAAGAAACUUGCUUCUCAGUGUUUGCAAAAUAACCCGAAAGGACCGGCCCACUAUAAAGGAUGCCGGGCUAGUCCCCAGCAAGAUAAAACCCUACCAAUUCCUCAACAGAUUUCCUUUCCUAUGGCUGAAGCUGUUACCAGAAUGGACCUCACAGCCAUUCAUCAGAUUCUGUUUUUGGCACACUACAAAGGUGAUGUAGCAAGCAGGGAGUUUUCUUUUCAGGACUGGCAAAAAAUGAGAGAAAUGCUGGAGGCUAGGAACAGAGGAGACUUGGCCUUCAAUGAUAAAGAUCUUAAGACAGCCAUUGAGUGCUAUUCUCAGUUUCUAGAUAAGGGAAUAUUAGUUUCAGCUACGGUGCAUGUGAGAAGAAGCCUAUGCUACCUCAUGUCUGAUCAACCUGACAAAGCCCUUCGUGACGCCAUGCAAGCACAGCGCAUUCAAGCAAAUUGGCCUUUGGCAUUCUACAUGCUGGCAGUUUCCCUACGCCAGCUGAAUAUGAACAGGGAUUCCACAAACAUGUUGAAUAAAGCAACUGCACUCGAAAAGCAAAGGCCGAGGAAUAGCAGACUAGGCACUUGAAUGUUCUCCGCACAAAGUACAUGGCAUCAUAUUUCUACAUUUGCCAAAAGCCAAAAAUUGGAGUAAAUUUUUGCAUCAGAUACACAUUACUUACAUUGAUUUGAUGCAAGUUUUGUGUCUUACUCUUUGUUGGUGUAUAUAGAUAACUGUGAAUAUGAAUAUCAAAUUCCUGAGCUAAUACAUAUGAAUAUCAAAGUUGAGCUAGCUUGUGAAGGCUGUCGAUGUGAGUGGCAAUGACAGUCUUUUACGUUGAUUAAGCCUUACCUACAGCCCAGAAAAGGGUUGCCGCCAGGGCUACACCUGCAGCAAAUCAUUUGAAGCUCCCAUUUUCAAAAUUCACUUCUUCGGCA